AUGGCACAAAAUCCUCCAGGAGUAUCAGCAUAUUCCCGACAGCAAUGGCAGGCUACACACCCGAUCUUUCGCAACAUAUACAUGGAUCAAGGCUACAGCUUGGAAAAAACGAUGAUGGUACUGGAGUUGGUCUACAAUUUUAAUGCAACCGAAGGCGCAUUCAGAAACCAGAUAAAAAGAAAUUGGCGGGAUUGUGCAACGAACAACGGAGUAGCCCGUGUAAAGCGAACAAGACCAAAAAGUAUCAAGGUCAUGUUCCCUGAUUUACCAGAUUUUAUAGCCAGCUUAGCUGUUGGCACAGCCCCUCGGUCCCUAUCCUUUCAGCGCUACGAAAGCCAUGUUCGGGUACUUCUAUCACUAGACAAGUACACGAAAGGCUUCUUUGACACUCUACCGCCACAACCACCGCCACAGAACAAUGGUGCGGAAGAAGAUGCAAACAGUGCACAAAAGAAAGAAAAAGAACAGAAACCAACGAUUGGUGCCAGAUGGUGCCGUGCCUUGAGCCUUUGCCAAGAGAUCUCAAUACUCCCUCAAAAGAAAAAUGAUUUCAUCGUUUUCAGCAAUCUUGUUAAGGAUCACGGUAGUAAGAAAGCUGCCAAAGAGGAAGGCAUCAAAGAAAUGAAGAACACAGUCACCAGUAUCCUCAACGACAAGGUCUUCACAAAACUUGAAGUUAACGAGAAGGAGUCUAGUCCCAAGGACUUGCCUGCGCUCUGGAGCAUUUGCCGCGUCUUGCGAGGACUGUCAUCUCAGCUCGGCCAUUCAGAAGAUUCUGAGGCUCUGUUGAUGAGGCUAUUUCUUGGGGAAUUACGGGAAUCAUUCGCUCAGAUCACGCAUGGUUCCAAUACUGAAAUGCGCCGGGCCUUGGAACAUCUCCGGGACGUUCCACCAGCAGAUUUUAAAGACAUCGCCCGUAUAAGCUGCCUCUGUUCAGCUAGAGCCCUAUCGAGCAGGCUUGAGCCCCAUGACCCAGUUGUUUUAGAAGCCUGGGCAGACUACUACCAGCACCAUGACAGGAGCAAAUUAAGGAAAGACGUCUUUCUUGAUCACUACAAGAGAGCCUAUGAAGAAGCAAAAGUAAAGUACCGGACGACGAAGGAUAAGCCAUAUAAUGAAAGAAAGCUUCUUAUCCUCAUCAAGUACAGCUAUGUCGCUCAUUACAUAUGUCACGACAACGACUUAUCGUACCAGCUUGCGUCAGAGCUUUGGGAUCAGACUGGUGCUUCGCUUUCUGGGGAAGAUCCACCUGAAUUCUGGUCAGUUAAAGUUCAAGGAAUGGCUCAGGCAGCCAAGAUACAAGCUUUGCUAUGCUACGUAAAGCAUGAAGACAAACUCAAACGCUACGAGGACCUUAGGAAGAAAAUACACAAGUACAAUCUCGUCAACAAACGAGCUCGACACAGGUAUCGCAGGGAGGUUCUCCAAGAACGUCAAAAAUGCCAUGAGCGUGGCUAUUUGCCUCCAUAUGACCCGGAGUCCCAAUUUGUAUUUCGCUUACAAGAAGUGGUUCAAAAGUUGGUCUUGAGUCCUGACCUAGGCUUUCAACUCUUGGCAACAGAACUACACGACCUCUUCGCGACAUUGCUCAAUACCGAAACUCUGACAAUGGAAAACUUGAGGGUAGCCGUGACGAAGCUGCAUGCUAGCAAUGACCAAGACUGCCAACUGCUGGCAGCAGGACUGUACGAUCAGCUGGCCUCCAUCGCAUCUGCCUGUAGCAAAGAUGUAAACAGUGUCCUUCGGUCUGCCGAGUCCCUGUUUAAGAAAGCAGAAGAUUCCCCGCUUACAGAGAUGGAAGAGUCUAACCUGAAAAGGUACUUGGCGAUAAAAAGGCAGGAAAGAAGACUUCAAGGGAAAGAAUGCCGCCUUGAAGCAAAAGGACUGAGGCGAUUGGUUGUUGAUUUUGAUAACUUCGUCGACAUUUGA